AUGAGGCAAAAAAAGCCAGGGGAGAACCAAAUCCACAAGACUUGGGGACCUUUGCGAGAGAAGAUGCCAAGAUAUGAGAGUCCAGAUAAGAAGGGAAUGAAAACUCUGAAGAAAGAAACGAGGACAUCAGUCCCAACUCAAUCUACCCAUGAAGAGAUUGCCCUCAAUCCUGACUAUAGGGCAGUACAAGUUUGCCUUGAUGCACUGAGCAAAGGUGUGAGUUCCGACAGACUACUGUUUCGGCAGAUCAACAAAACAAAAGCAUGUAGCAAAUUUGCAUUGGCUAUGCAGCAGCACCACAAAGUGGAGGAUGUUGUGUUGGGGAAUCAGUCAUGGGAUGACAUUAACAAGCGAUUGAUUGCAGCAGCAGGACUUGAUGUACACUGUGGGAACACUGGCACACCGAAAAGAAAGAAAUUGGCGGAGGCUGAGGAUGUUGUGAGCAAGAGGAGAGAAGAGGAGACCAAGCCAAGUGUCAUACCCGAUGAUUUAACUCUGGACAAAGUAAAGCGCCGUACAGGAUUUUACAAUUUACCCAAGCUGCUUGCCUAUGCCAUGGUGGUUUGUGAUGGUAGUUUGGAUUGUCUCUUUGCGACAUCGUCCAAACUCACUUGGGUUGAAGAGUGGUUGUUCUAUUUUGAGUUCAAGUAUGGUCGGACUGCUAAUGGAACACGCAAUCGGUGGCCUAUCUAUGCUACCUACGAAGAAGAUGCAAAGUUUCUUGGCAAACAAUGGGAUUUCUACUUUGAUUGGCGAAGUGGGGAGAGAAUUGUUAUGCAUGAUGCACCCGGAAUUCCUCUGCCAUGCCCUUCAAAUGCAGAGCUUCAAUGA